AUGGAUCGCUCCCGGCACCGUGUCGGAAAUGGCAAUGAACAGGCAUCUUCACGAGAGCAUGGUCGUGGUGAAGAUGAGAGACAACGCCAGCUAGAGCGCCUCAGUAGGGAGGAGGCCUAUUACCAGUUCAUUAAUGAACUCAAUGAGGAAGACUACAGGUUGAUGAGAGACCGCAACUUGCUUGGAACUCCUGGGGAAAUAACAGCAGAAGAGUUGCAGCAACGCUUGGAGGGGGCUAAGGAGCGCCUGGCAUCACAGACUGAUCCGGAUAACAGAGAAGGUGAAGAUAGAACUGUUGGAGAUUCUGAUGUUCUUGGAGAAAACUCAAAUGGUGACUCUUUGCUUGAAUGGCUGAACACAUUCCGGCGCACGGGAAACGCCACUCGCAGUGGACAGAGUGGGAACCAAACCUGGAGAGCCGUGAGUCGAACAAAUCCAAACAGUGGCGAGUUUCGAUUUAGUCUUGAAAUCAACAUAAAUCAUGAGCAUAACAGUUUGGAAACUGCUGGUGAGGAGUAUGUGGGUAUUGAUAGCAGCAGGAUGUAUUUAGAAAGGAGACAUCAAAGAGCGGUCAGUCCGGUAGCCCCACGAAUGAGGAGCAGGACCAGAAGAGAGGCAAACCGUGAGGCUUCAAGCACUGCAAGGACCAGGUCUGUAAGAAGUUCCGUGGCACGAAGCUCUGAAGUAGCCUCUCAUCCAAUCUCAGGGAGGCUCAGGAGUAGAACGAGGGAGUCAACAGGCCUUUCCCAAACAAAUACUACACGUAAUAAUACUACACGUAAUAAUUCUGCAGCUACUGGCGGACAAAGACAGGUGCCAGAAAGAGGUACUUCCAGAGGAGUCGCAAGAGGUAGAUCUAGAACUACUGUUCGGAAUGCAAACCAAAGACUAGAAAUUCUGCGGCUGAGGUCUACUUUAAGAAGUCGAAGUCGCUCUCCACUGCCAAGGCAAGGUGCCCCUGCUCAUUCUGAGGAGCAUGGGCAGAGGCAGGAUAGAAAUGCACAGCAGGUGAGCAGGAGUAGAAGACAAACAGCUCAGCCCUCUCCACAGCCUGAUGAAGAACGAGCAAGAAGUAACACUCAGACUCCUCAACUUUCCAGUGUAGCCCCAUCCGUGGGGGUAACUUCGGAAGUGGAGGAGUCUAGUAGACCAGUAGCUGCUGUUAGAAGGCAUCCAACAAUUACAUUAGAUCUUCAGGUGAGAAGAAUUCGUCCUGGAGAAAACCGAGAUCGGGACAGUAUUGCCAGUAGAACUCGUUCUAGAGUAGGAAUGGCCGAAAACACAGUUACCUUUGAAAGCGACAGUGGGGGAUUCCGGCGUACGAUAUCGCGAUCGGAACGUGCGGGUAUUCGAACCUAUGUUAGCACUAUACGCAUACCUCUUCGUCGGAUUUCAGAAACUGGACUUGGUGAACCUUCAUCGGUGGCUCUUCGAUCGAUCCUUAGACAAAUCAUGACGGGCUUUGGAGAACUGAGUUCUUUAAUGGAAACGGAGUCUAACCCAGAAGUGCAAAGAGGUGGUCAUCCCUUACCAGACGUGACGUCAGAGCGGAAUAACUCGAGCGCAGCCAGCAACAGCAGCGAUGCGAGCGAGGUUUCAGCUGGAAAUGGGCAUGCGGCAGAAGGCAGCAGGGCGACAGAUGGACAGAGCGAUGACACUCAGCGCCACGGUCGCAAUAAUGAAAGCCAAGAGAACAGGCAGUCUCAAGAUGCCAACAACCUCGUGGAAAACGGAACGCUGCCCAUCCUUCGACUUGCCCACUUCUUCUUGCUGAACGAAGAUGAUGACGAUGAUCGUUUGAGAGGUUUAACCAAAGAGCAGAUUGACAAUCUUUCUACCCGGAACUAUGGGGAUAUUCAUGCUGAAAAUGAAUUAAGUAAGACGUGUAGUGUUUGCAUUAAUGAGUACGUAACAGGGAAUAAGCUAAGGCAGUUACCUUGUAUGCAUGAGUUUCACAUUCAUUGUAUCGAUCGCUGGCUUUCUGAAAACUCCACUUGCCCAAUUUGUCGGCAGCCCGUGUUGGGCUCUAACACCACAGACAAUGGCUAG